UGAGCGUCCCGCGCCGGUCCGGGCUCUUGGCGGUGGCUCGUAGUUUGCCCGCUGCCCGGGGUUGCCAGUGUAGGAAGCUGCUGCUGCUGCUGAAGUCAUGUCCCACCAGACCGGCAUCCAAGCUAGUGAGGAAGUCAAAGAAACCUUUGCCAGAGCUAGGAAUGGCCAAUACAGGUUUUUAAAAAUAAUUAUUGAAAAUGAGCAGCUUGUUGUGGGAUCUGCCAAGCAGCCUGGUGAAACCUGGGAAAAGGAUUAUGAUUCCUUUAUUCUCCCUCUGCUUGAAGACAGACAGCCAUGUUAUAUACUGUACAGAUUAGAUUCUCAGAACGCCCAAGGAUAUGAAUGGAUCUUUGUUGCAUGGUCACCAGAUCAUUCUCCUGUUCGUCAGAAAAUGUUAUAUGCAGCUACUCGGGCAACUUUGAAGAAAGAAUUUGGAGGUGGGCAUAUUAAAGAUGAAGUAUUUGGAACAAACAAGGAUGAUGUUUCAUUAAAUGGUUAUCGGAAAUUCUUGAUGACUCAAUCUUCCCCUGCUCCUCUGACGGCAGCUGAGGAAGAACUUCGACAAAUCAAGAUUAGUGAGGUACAAACUGAAGUCAGUGUUGAUACUAAACAUCAAACUUUGCAAGGAGUUGCAUUCCCAAUAGCUCAGGAUGCCCUCCAGGCACUAGAAAAAUUGAAAAACAAGGAGCUGAAUUAUGUGCAGUUGCAAAUUGAUAUGAACAACGAAAUUAUUGUCCUGGCCAGUACACUUCCAACUGAACUGAAGGAUUUGCCAAGAAGAAUUCCUAAGGAUUCUGCACGAUACCAUUUCUUCCUUUACAAACACUCUCAUGAAGGGGACUACUUGGAAUCCAUUGUUUUUAUCUACUCUAUGCCUGGCUACGUGUGUAGUAUACGAGAACGGAUGCUUUAUUCUAGCUGCAAGAGUCCUCUCCUAGAAAUUGCAGAAAGACAGCUGUGGAUGCAGAUCAUUAGAAAGAUUGAAAUAGAAGAUGGAGAUGAGGUAACUGCUGAUUUUCUCUACGAAGAAGUCCAUCCCAAACAACAUGCACACAAACAGAGUUUUCCUAAGCCGAAAGGGCCUGUGGGAAAAAGAGGAAUCCGAAGGUUGAUCCGAGGUCCAGCUGAAACUGAAACACCUACUGACUAAAUGCUGCAGGCUUGUUGGGUAGAAAAGCAAAACAUUAUAUUGGGACUGGGGGAGUAUGAAUGCAAAAGAAUCUUUAUAAUGAACUGAUAGCAUUCCACAUUGAUCUUUUCCAACAGAAAAUAAGUUACUUUCUAUUGCACUUAUCUGGCUAUGCCACUAUAGAUCUUAUAAGGUCCACAGCCUGUGGUUGUAAUAGAUUCGUUCAAAACGAAAACACAACCUUGUAGAAUAUUAAUUCUAUUCUAAAAGUCUUAACUACUCUGUUACUUUUGUAAUAGAUAGGUAUAUGGUAUUUUUCAGUCUCUCUUAAUGACCUCCUAAAAUGUACUUUGAUCAUUUCCCUUAUCUUUCUUAAGCAGGCUAUGUCUUUAAAAAAUGGUGAAGAAUAAGCCUUGUAUCUUUUCAUGAUUUCUUUACCCCUAGCCUAUUCGCCAGGCUUGUAUGUACAUUUUGUACCACAGUCUAAAUUGCCUAGAGCAAGUUCCACUGAACUCAGGCUGUACAAAACUAGUUCAUUUGAUACUGGAAUCCAGCUCUAGAUUUUCAUGUAACUGUCUAACAAUACAUUUGUUUGUUCUGAAAAAGUAAUUUUUCCAAAAACUGUGUCUCAGAUAAAUUUCAUUUCUGCUUAAACAAGAAAAUGCUAUUCAUUAGGAUGAUUCUGUCACUAAUAUACUAUUUAAAGAACACAGUACAAACUUUCCUUUUCAAAGUAAAUGGAUUCAGUUUCUCCAGAAAAGCUGCUACUUUGUCACUAUUAGUACCAAUAUUGUUAAGCAAGGAAAAAUGUGAGUCCUAAUGCAUUUCUAGUAUCUUAAGAAAAUUAAAAUAUUCUCAAGCCAA